CAAACGUUGCCAAUACAGCUGAACGGUCCAAACAAUGUAUUCCCAGCAUUUGCAGGCAUGACUGCAAUUCUGAUGUGUGCUGCUGGACUGCCUGUGUGCUUCACCCACGCAACUAAACCUGUACACAAUCCUGACUCAAGAAAAAGCGGUAAAAAACUCAGCACUGCCCAAGAUAAAUCAUUUAGGAGAUCGAAGAAAGUAUCCAGAAAAGAAAUGGUAAAGGAUCCGGAGGAGGUGGUAAACAAGUAUAUGAUGAGAAUAGAAGAAAUUCCAGAUGAGGAUUGUAUAAUCUGCAUGGAGAAGUUGAGUGCCUUGUCUGGCUAUGAUGGAAUGUCCAGGUCAAGAACCAUUCGGCCGGGUACAGUGGGGAAGUUCACAAGAUGUGGCCAUGUCUUCCACUUAUUGUGUAUGAUGGCCAUGUAUGAAAAUGGAAACAAGGAUGGCAGUUUACAGUGUCCUUCAUGUAAGACCAUCUAUGGUGAAAAGACCGGAACACAGCCAAAAGGAAAGAUGGACGUUUAUUUACUACCACAGUCACUGCCUGGAUAUCCAGACUCUGGAUCUAUACAAAUUGUAUAUAAUAUCCCUCAUGGUAUUCAGGGUCCAGAGCACCCUAACCCAGGCAAACCAUAUACUGCUCGUGGCUUCCCCCGGCACUGCUACCUGCCUUACUGUGAAAAGGGCAGACAGGUUCUGGAGCUUCUCAAAGUAGCAUGGAACAGAAGACUGAUUUUUACUGUGGGAACGUCAAGCACAACUGGGGAAACGGACACCGUGGUUUGGAAUGAAAUUCACCAUAAAACAGAGAUGGGGUCCAAUCUAUCAGGGCAUGGGUACCCUGACCCCAACUACCUGGACAAUGUCGUUGCAGAGCUGGCUGCUCAGGGCGUCACAGAGGAAUGUCUUCGGCAAUAAUUGAACAUGUUUUGGGAGGCCUUUCAAUCCAGUGCUGCCUGUCAAAAGGGUCUGAACUUCUGCACUUCUCUUUAGUGCAAGCUGUGUUUUCAUUUUCCUUCCUCCUGUUUUUUUUUUAAAUGCAGAAUCAAUUUCGAUAGCUGUCCGUGGUGAAGCAGGGGUGCACAGGUUGCAUAUCCUAAGGCCAGACGUCUCUUGUUGCAGCACCAGUGAUUUUCGGUUCAAAGCGAGACUUAGCUGAGCUAGACUCGCAUGUUUCUCCUUCUCUUCCCCUCUGUUUCCCCAUCUCCUCCUGCUGGCAUCUUGGAACGCUUCCAAUGCAUGUUUACAUAACAUUGGCCAACAAAAGCUUGAACAAAUUGAAUGUGGUUACAGUUUUUUGUGCAUUGUCUGAGAUGUUGCAUUUUACCGCAGCAGCCAUGUUAGAAACUGUAGCAUCUGAACUUCUAUGUAUCCUUCUUGUUUAUCGAGUUUUAACCGUAAACAUUAAAAUAGAACAGAAUCUGAUUGACAAUAGAAUUUCUGUAAUGUGUGCACCACCAGCUGCUCAAAGUGGGGUUGGCAGUGCACUUUGUAACAUGCAUUAUUAUCUGAUUCUAAUGGGGUGAGGCAGUGAAAUUUUGAAGCAUGUUGAAAUACUACCUGAUCUUUGUGGCAUGAGGCUGUAAAGUCCUGUGUGUUACUAUUUGACUUUGGUAACAGAUUGUGUAGUUUUGUGCCCAAUUCUACUGCUUGUUUCAUACCUGGGGCAAGGAAGUGUAAUCUGCCAUCAGUAAAUUUGUCAUUUUUCUACUGGUUUCUAUUGUGCUCAGGGAAGCCUCGUAAUUAAGUGAUUAAGUAAUAAUUUUUUUCCAAUGCAAAAUGGUUGCACCACAUUGUGUUCCAUUUAAAUUGCAGCAUUACAGAAUAUUUUGGUUUUGCCUCUCAUCACCAAGAGUAGCUGAUAAAAUAGAAAUCUUCUCUGUGGCAAACACUACACUGAUCAGUGCAUCACUUUUCCUUUGUAUUUGAAAAGCUCCACGAGUUAAGUAAUGACAAUUUGGGAAGUGGGAUGAUUUUCAAAGGUUCCAUUAAGAGCAGUUGGCCAUGAUAUUGCAACUGAACUUCACCCUUAACCUCCAACCCCUGUUGCAGUAAUGAUCUGCCAGUUAAGGAUAAAACUACUAGGAUGCAGAAGUCUGCUGCUGUCCUGAGACCAGAUAUUCCUGUUAUCAAAGCUUGUAGCAGAAGAAUGCACCAACUUAAUAGAGGAAGUGGUUGGGCAAAGACUGGAAAGAGAAAUUGCUGCAGUUCUUUUCAUAAAUGGUAUGGAAGGAUAUGGAUCAAACGCAGACAAAUUGGACUAGUUUAAUUGUGAAAACUGGGAAGCAUUUGCAAAUUGGACCGAAGGGUCUGUUUCUAUGCUGUGGAACUUUGACUCUAAAUAUACGCAGUUUUCUCACACAAUUCCUUUUUUUUUUCCCCGGUUUUGUUGCUAUGGGGUAUUGAUUGAAAUUCAUUCAACUGGGGUACACUGUAAUGCCAAAUAGAACACAUGCACAGAUUUCUUGAUUUAGAGAUGAUGGUCAUAAUACUUCAUAAAAUAAUUUUCUUAAAGACAGCACAUUGAAGGGGAAGAAAAUGUGGAGUUUCCACAGGAGUGCCAUCGAUCUCCUCAAACUGGUUUCAUGGAGUUUAUUGAUACCACUGAAUUUGAUAUGAUUAUGACAUCUUUUUACCAAUGAGUGAAUUUACAUUUUUUUGUAAUGUGUUAAAAUCAUGUCAGCAUUCAGAUAUUGAAGUGCUAGGAAUUGCAGUGGAAACAGCUGAGUGUCUGUGUUACUCAACAUACCACAAAGCCUUUUUAAUGUGGAGAUGUGGUCCUUGGAGCCAAUCCCUCCAAGCACUCUGAACUUCAUAAACCCAAAAGGAAAAUAUGAGACACUGGAGAAACCAGUGCCUGGGCACAGAUUUGCAUGUUCCUGAAACUCUCAUAUCCUUCUGCCUACUGGGUUUUCCCCAAGUUUGAUGCAAUAUGGAACUUUGCCAUGAUUGUUUCUGAGCUUAGCUUGACCAAGGCAACAAACAGUCUAAGUCAGUUCCCCAAUUGAUGGACAGUGCCUGCUGACCUUCAAUGACCCAUUCUGUCAAAUCCAAAUUAAAUAUUACAGUGAUCGAGACAGGCCGUCAAAACUCUGAGCCAACCACCUUAAUUAGACCCUCCGAAAGCACUAUCAAUCUAAAUUUCCCUCCAUCUUGUUUACUUCUAGAUCCAAAUACAAUACAAUACAAAAAGCCUUAAGUGGUUGAACAAUUAAAGCUUUAGGAUGAAAUCUCUUGGUACAGGGAAGAAUGGAAAGGAGUAUCAAAGCAAGCACUCUCGACAACCACCACCAGCAUCUCCAGAUGAGCAAACUCUCCUCUUGGUGCUGCGUCAGUACACUUGCAGACCUAUUGACGGUCUAAUUUAACCAAAUCUCGACAAGCAAAUCAUCCCACCAUUGUGCUGUUUCUAAGAGAAUGUGAAAUUUUAAAACAUAUGCACUAUUACCUGAUUGUUACAGUAUAAGGUACUGUUUGUGUUACUAUACUAUUCAUUUUUGGCAACAAUUCUGUGCAGUUUUGUACCCAAGUCUACAUCCUGUUCUACAAUUCUACAUGCUUGGCUCAAGGAAAUGUAACCUGCAAAUGAUUUUUUUUAGCCCAGGUAUUGUGUUCAGGGAGGCAUCAAAUGACUAACUGCAAUCUUAAAAUAGGUACAGGUUAUUUUUUGUUUGUUUUUAAAGAUGUUGCAAAGCAAAUUCACAGUCUCCCUCUCCUGAACAUAACCGUGAUGUCACACUCUACUCCUGACAUUUUUUUGGUAAGGUGAUUAUGAUUUUUUAGGCACUAAACUAGAAAUAAGAUAGUUAUUUUGAAUAGCAGUGUUUUUCUAUACUUUGUCUUUUAUCAACGACAGAGGCUUUGGUACUGUUUCAUAGAGUUUGAUUAUCAUUUAACAAGGAUGUCAGAAUUGUCAGAGAGAAUACUUGUACCUUUUCUUCAUUUUUUUUCAUGAGGUGUAUGUAUCAUUGGCAAGUUGUAUUGCCUUUGAACUAAAUGUCUUAUUUGGCUAUUUUAGAGUACAGUUGAGCAUCAGUCGAUUUGCUGUAGACCUGGAGUCAUGUGACUAGACCCAGUAAGGAUGGCGGGUUUCAUUAUCUAAAUGACUUGAGAAUUAGAUUAGUAUAACAAUCAAUGAUCGUUUCAUGGUCACCAUUACUGAAGCAAACUUUCAGUAUUGGAACCUAAGUCCCUGAGAGCAUUGCACUCAGCCUCUGGUUUACUAGUCCAGUGACAUCACUUCUGUCUCUUUCACGUACCAUUCCACUUGCUUCACUUUGUGUCCACAUGCCCAUUUGUUUCUGCUUCACUUGUUUUCUCAGUUUCUAAUUUUUUAACCAACUUUUAAGCAGGGCAUAACACAAUGUUGGAGAAUGUUGUGAACCUUAACACUUGAGAAUUAUGUUAAUAAGCAAAUUGAAGAUGUGUUUCCAACCAGGUGGGGAUUAAGCUUGUAUUUGUGCUGAUAUCCCAGUGGCAUGUUAAUAACAUUUUUGAUUUUAUGUAAUUGUCUUUCAAAUUCCUAGAAAAAUUUGUGACCUGAUGUCUCAGUAUUUUGUUUUUUUCUUUAGUUGUGCUGUUGCUUAAGAAUUUCUUGAUUCUAGAAGUUUUCCUUGUCAUUUUAUUAAAUAAUCUUCUUGUC